AUGUACUCAAAAUAUGCAAUAUUUAACAGACAAGGUGUCCGAAGUAAAGUAUUUAUCAGAACAUUAAUCGACAUACCAGAAGUAAAGGUUCAUAUUAACCAUAAUUCUAAAGAAAGGUGGAAGUUCAAUUUGCAAAAUAAUAUCCAAAGCGUUCACGUUCACAAGAUUCCAAUCUUUGUUGGAAGAUCGAAUGCAAAGACCAGGCCCGAAGCAGUAUUACAAUAUAAUCUAGAUACAGCCCUAUCGAAAAUAUGUGCCUAUUUGAAAAUAAAGCAUAUGGAAAAGAAAACGACAGGCUUUCAAAGUGUUGAAUUAAUACACUAUAAACCACCAACCGAUACAUUAGAAGAUAUACGUCCGAUAUUGAAUAUUCCGAAAUUCACCUUCAAUGUUAAAGACUACCCUAUUAGCGAAGAAGAAUUAAAAAAUGCGAAGUGGAAGUUACCGAAUAAUGUUUUUGAUUCAGUAAAUAAUACAACUCCUUUAUGCAAGAAGCCAGAGGAUUUGAAGGGUGUGGACACAACUCUAUUUAGAUUCGCAAUGCUGUACGGGGCUGCAAGAUCCCCGUAUGCUUACAGAUGUCCAUACUUUUUUGUUCGAUACUGGCCCUCGUAUCAUUUCAUGGCAAGAAUAAGGAAGUCUCGUCCGGCGUGCCACAUCACAUUUGGAGAUCCUGCACUUUUGAAUAUUUCAGGGUUGAAAAGCAAGUCAGUUGGAGACAUGGAAAGCAGUGUUCGACCAUUCAAACUUUCUGUCUAUAGAGCAAGAUUCCGCAAAAUUUUAAGAAAGCAAUUCAUGAAAUGUUUUUCCCAUGAUGAAAUUCUUAUGAAAUAUUGGGAUGGAUUAUAUUGGUUUAGCUCGCAGACCUAUCCAAGAACCAAGGAGCAAUUGGAGGAAUUCAAUAGGCAUGUCGGCCUGGCUCUAGAACAAGUCAAGAGAUUGAACAGAAGUACGUUAGAAAAGCGUGCCCGGAAUGUAAACGAAAGCAUACCAUGGACUAAGUUCAAAAGACAGUUAGCACAGUUAUAA